AUGCGCGGCAACACCAUUGUUGGUGCGGCUCUUCUUGCCGGCACGGCAGAGUUGGCGGCUGCCGAUGGCUGCAAUGCCGAUAAUUGUCUGCGAGCAAUGAGGGCGACACAGAUCCCCGGACGUCUCGAGAGUGCAAAGGCAUUCUGUGCCACAUACACCAAGGCGACUGGUACUGUUGCCCCGACGGCGGUUCCAUCGUAUGCCGCGGAUGGCUGCAAGGACAACAUGAAUGGUCCCAUGGCCCUGAGAAUCUCCAGCGCUUGCUCUUGCAUCGCACCCGGGCCUUCGACCACAUCAACUCCCACGCCUCCCACUUCGACGGCUCCCACCACGACGCCAACCUCAACAGCCACCGGACACCCCUGCGCCCAGGUUAGCGCGUCAUGGGCAGAGCAGAGGAAGACGAGAGCUGUCCCCACUGUGGCCGCGUCAUUGGCCCACGAGUGUCUCAAAACCGUUCCCUUGGGCAAGUAUGAGGCAAUCCAGCUGAUUGACGCCAUCGAGCCCUACCUUGAGUGGCAGAGUGACGCCGCUUACAAGAAGGAUCCUCCCAAGUCCUACUUCUAUCCUGGGUUUGACAUCUUCGGCAACCUGGCCAGGGUCCGGUCCAAUGUCGAGGCUGGCAAAUAUGCUGGCGAGUUCGAUUUCCAGACCGACCUCUACAAGCAGGUUUGGGCCCCCGGCCAGGACGGCCACUACGUUUUUUACCCCGACCUGUUGGCUAGAGCCUUCAAGUGGAGGCGUGCUGUUCCUCCCAUUGUCUCUAUUAGUGAGGACGGCCAGUCGCUGCCUGUCAUCAAACUUCAGGCCGACGUGGUUGCCAACCCCAAGACGGCGCAGGCCAUCACCAGAAUCAACGGUAUUGACGCCGCCAAGUACAUUGAGGAUACUGUCAAUGCUGCCAGUUACCUUCAGGAUGUCGACUCAUCCUACAACACCAUGUUCUGGUCCAAGUCCACCGCCGCCAACGGCGGAGUCGGCAAUUUCAUUUCCGGUGGCCGCAGUGCCAUGUUUUACCACGGUCAUAGCACCAAACUUACCUACGCCAAUGGCACAACCGUGGAGAUUGAGAACAAGGCCACUGUUGUCGGCGACAUGACUGAAGUUGUUGACGGCCCCUCCAUGUACAAGAAGUUCUGUACGCCCGUGCCCCUUCGGUCUAAUUCAGCUUCUGCCGCUGCCCUCCCCGGCGUGGCCAUCCCUGGCUAUCCCAAGCCCGUCAUUGCCUCCUCCGACGGUGUCGUCUCUGGCUACUACCUCAACGGCACUGGCCUUGAUGACGUCGCCGUCAUCUAUCUGAUGUCGUUCGAGCCCAGGAGUCCUGCCGAGUUUCAGGCUGUUGUCAGCGACUUUCUGCGCGAGGCCAAAGCUGCUGGUAAGACCAAGCUCGUUGUCGAUUUCCAGAACAACGGCGGCGGCUACAUUCUUCUCGGCUAUGACUUCUUCCGCCAGCUGUUCCCUUCUGUCGUGCAGGACGGCAACUCUCGCUGGAAGCAGAGCAAGAGCUUCGCAGCCAUGGCUCGUCUCAUCUCCGAUGCCGUCAAGGAUGUGAAUCCCGCCACUGAAACGAAUAGCGACCUCAUCGAGUUGUAUCAGACAUGGUGGAACUACAGAUAUGACAUGAACAUUACCAACGAGAACUUUGCCACCUUUGAGGACAAAUUCCACCCUCAUGUCUACAAGCACACCGACUACACCAACCUGAUGCGAUGGAACCUCAGCGACCCCCUGACCACCACCAACACGACAUAUGGCAUCGGCAUCGAGAUCUCGGGCUACGGCACACGCGCCAACCUCUCCCAGCCAUUCAAGGCCGAAGACAUCAUCAUUCUUUACGAUGGCGCCUGUUCCUCCACGUGCACUCUGGCAUCCGAAAUGCUCCGGCUCCAGGGCGGCGUCAAGUCUGUCGCCAUGGGUGGCCGCCCCAAGCAGGGUCCCAUCCAGGGUGUCGGUGGCGUCAAGGGAUCGCAGGUCCUCAACCUCCUCAACAUUUACACCUACGCCAACUACCUUUCUCAGCUCACCAAUGACACCGGGACCAAGGCCGAACUACAGCGCUUCACGGCCUUGCCCAUGCAGCGAUCCACUGGCUCUGCCGUCAAUGUCCGAGACCAGAUCCUCCGCGACAACGUCAACGACGGCGUUCCCGCCCAGUACAUCGCCGAAGAGGCCGACUGCCGCCUGUACUGGACGGCGCCCAUGAUUUCCGACGUCACCGAGGUGUGGAAGUCUGCUGCCAACGCUGCCUUCAACGGCGCCAAGUGCGCCCACGGCGGUAUUGCCGGGUCGAAGGCGAAUCGCAGAAGCCCCGUUGCUCCUGCUCUGAGUGCCCGUCGUCCCCCAAGGAUGUCCGAGGCCGUGGACAAGACUCCCAUUGCACACAGCCUGAACUGGGAGGCCCAGCAUCUGCAGAUGGCUAUCAACUAA